UUCUUUUACAGGUGGUAUCAUGGACGUUUGGAUAGGUACAGUGCUGAGCUUCGAUUACAAGGUGCAGGUAAACUGGGAGGCUAUCUAGUUCGUGAAAGUGAUCGCAAACCUGGAUCUUAUGUUUUGUCUUACUUAGGUCAUACUGGUAUUAAUCACUUCAGAAUAACAGCCGUAUGUGGUGAUUAUUACAUUGGAGGAAGGCAGUUUGACUCCUUGUCAGAUCUUAUUGGUUAUUACACAAGUUGGUCUGAUCUCCUCAAAAAAGAGAGGCUUGUCUAUCCUGUUCCACCUCCAGAACCUGUAAAUGAUAAAAAAAGGGUUGUGGCAAUACUGCCUUAUAACAAGAUGCCUGACACAGAUGAAAUAAGUUUUCUGAAAGGUGAUAUAUUUAUUGUGCACAAUGAUAUGGGAGAUGGUUGGCUGUGGUGUACUUUGCAUCGAACUCAAGAAAGUGGUUUGGUAUUUAAAGAACUUGUUGAGGAAUUGGAUGAUGAUGUUGAUCCGAAUGAGAUUUAUCCUUGGUUUCAUGGAACGAUAAGUAAAGAAGCUGCCGUGGAAAAACUUGCUAAGAUGGGUCCGGGAAGCUUCUUAGUGAGACCUAGCGAUAAUUCCCCUGGAAACUAUUCGCUGUUCUUUCACAUAAACAAUACCAUUCAACGAUUUCGUAUAGAAAAAAGAGGCAAUAGAUACAUUAUGGGAGGAAGGUGCUUUGACAGCUUGGAAGCAGUUGUUAGCCGAUAUAAAGUUGAACAGAUUGUUGAGGGUCAUAAUCUUGGAGAUCCUGUGUUGAAAGCACCAUAUGAAUCAAAAGAACUUAGUAAAGCUGAAGAAAUUCAGCAAAAAUCCCAGGAUAUAUAUGCUACACUUCGAGAAAGCCGUGAAUCAGGUUUGGCAAAACGCAAUAAAGGCAUUCGCAUGAAAGGCUAUUUAAAUAAGAAAAGUUGUUUUAACCCAGGUCAAGGGAAUCGAAAGUGGAAAAAUCUUUACUUUGUUCUUACUUCCAAUGAACAACAGCUUCUGUUUUUUGAUAAUCCUCGGCGUACAAAACCGAAAGGUCUAAUUGAAUUAAGUUAUACUUAUUUAUACAUGGUGCAUGACAGUUUAUUUGAAAGACCUAAUUGCUUCCAGCUUGUUGAACGUGCUUUGCCUUGUAUCAGCACGGUUUACUACUUAUGUGCAAGUUCUCCAGAUCUAACUCAGGAAUGGAUACAGGCUAUCAAACCAUUGUGCUCUCCACAACUUCCAAGAGGUAGGGCACCAAGCCACAAUGUAACCGAAGUAAGAAGUCUACAUCUGACAUUACUAGAAGCUCACCGAUUGCCUGUGAGACUUGUACCUCAUCCAUUCUGUAUAAUUUCCUUAAAUCAAGUGAAAGUUUGUCGAACCCAAGUUAAAUGUCCACCUGAUCCAAUAUGGGAAGAAGAUUUUAUCCUUGAAGACAUUCCAUCUGAUAUCACAUCUUUUGCUAUAACACUGUACAAUAAAGGAAAACGUUCUAAAGAUAUGGAAAUAGCGGAUGUGACUGUAGAAUUAGAAAAUUUAAUUAGUGGUGAAGAAAUAGAAGAUUGGUUCCCUCUUGGUGGUCUGACACCUCCUAUUCGAGAAGACUGGGGUUCUUUGCGUGUUAGAAUACGCUACAUUCAUGAAGUUAUAAUGCCAUUAGCUGAAUACAAUGCACUAAAAGAGCUUAUAAUGGAGGAAGAUUUAGAAGUUGUGAGUGUUUUAGCCGAUUUGUGCCAUAGGGACCGGACUCCUCUUGCAAAUGCUGUUUUAAGAGUAUUUAGAUUUGAAAGAAAAGAAGCCAUGUUAUUAAAAACUAUGAAUGACCGAGAAAUACAAAUUGAAGAAGAUACCACAACGUUGUUCAGAUCAGCUUCUCUUACAACAACUCUAAUGGAUCAUUAUAUGCGUUCAACAGCCAAUGGAUUCUUACAUCAAGCAGUUCAGGAUUUUAUUCUGAAGGUCAUGGAUAGUCGUCAGUCAUGUGAGCUGAAUCCCAGCAAAUUAGAAAGCCCCAUUGAAGCUUGCACUAAUGCUGAAAAUAUGUUAGGUCUUUUAGAUGAAGUUAUUGAAUCUAUAUUCUCAUCUAUCGAUGCAUGCCCAAGGACACUACGCUACAUCUGUAGUUGCCUGCAGAAGAGUGUUAUGGCUAAGUGGCCAAAUGAUCCAUUAGUGAAAACACGAGUUGUAAGUGGGUUUAUUUUCCUCCGACUUCUUUGUCCAGCUAUAUUAAAUCCUCGCCAGUUUAAUCUCAUAAAUGACACUCCUUCUGAAAUUGCUGCUAGAAGCCUGAUAUUAGUAGCAAAAUGUUUACAAAAUCUGGCUAAUCUGGUUGAGUUUGGUGCCAAGGAAUCCUAUCAGGAGCCAUGGAUGGAAGUAAUUAAUCCUUUCAUUCUGAAGAACAAGAAUAGGAUGAUUAAGUUCCUUGAUGACAUAUCGAAUGUUCCUGAAAGACCGGAACCAGAAGAAACAUUUUCUGGGGAUCCUGCAAGAGAUCUAGCAACUCUUCACCAUAUUUGUGCCACUCAUAAGGAAGAACUUCAAAAUCUAAGCCAACAUAGGCCAAUCCUGAAAAAGUUGGUGACAGUGACAGAUAUGCUUUCCAAACAUAAACAGCACUAUACUGAGAUGUUGAGAUAGUAUUACUUUUUGGAAACUGCAUGUUUAGUAGUUGGAAUAGAUCUGAGGAGGCGUCGGCUAGACUGCAUAAUUUAGAAUCGCAGUGUUUGGAGCCGUUUAGUUCUCUUUCUCUGCCAUCAAGCAAUUGAUGAUGCCAGCAGGUUCUGGCUUAUUGAGAGUACAUAAGUGAUCAUUAUUUCCUAUCAAGCCCAGCUUCUCCGUUUGCCUCUUGCCAAAGGAUAUAGACUGGUAUUUGAAAGAAAAAAAAUAAUUAAUAAAAGAGCUUGCAAUUUCCUUACAUUCUUGAUUGAAAGACAGUAUGUAAGUCAUGCAGUUGCUCUUUAUAUUGGUGCUGUGUUGUGAAAGCAGUUGUCAAUUCUGACUUCCAUUAUUGAGCCCUGUAUGAGAUGGAUUCAUAUUUUACAUUUUACAUUGCCUUAAAGUGGCUGUUCUUUAACUUAAUCAUAUCUGGAAUAACAUUUUUUUAGAAUUGCUAAAACAUUUAAGGAAUGUAUGAAAAAGAAUAAAAUAUGCUUUUUUAUUAACACCAGAAGAUUGCUAUUGCUAUAAGGGGUAAAGAUAUAAAAUAUCAAUUUUUCAUUCUUAUUUUUUGCUCUUUCAUCAUAUUAUACAUUGAUUAUUCCUAAAAUGUUAAGCUGUAAAGAAAUGCAUUAAAAAUGAUAAAUAUACUUUAAAUUCUGGAUAAUUUUAUGUCAAGGUAGUUUUUAACCGCACAGAGUUUAAACUUGCGCAUGCAUUAUUGAAGAGGUUAGGUUAGGAUGUCAUGGCAAAAGGCAAAAUGCUUAUCUGUCAAACUUUCUAAGAGAAAUAGGUUCUUAUUUAUCAUUACAGAAGAAUUUAAUAUGAUUUCUAUUAUUUUGGAACAUUGAAGAAAGCUAGAUUUAUUUGCUAUAUAUGCCUAGCAAUUUUUAUAAAUGGAGAUCAAUAUCAGAUACUUGAAUUAGAAGCUUCAUUUGGAAUUAAAGUCUUAUUGAGAGGGGCAUGAGGAUGUUAGAUAUGCUCCAUAUGUAUGUUACCAUAUUUGUAAUAAAAUUUCAUGUUUUUAUUAUGAAUUCCAAAUAUGGUUUUAAAUCCUUUUAAUAUAAUAUCUGAUUUUAUAACCGUCUGUUGAGUAGAACAUGAGAAAUCAUUUCCAGAACUAUAUAAUUUUUUAUUUAAAGAAAAACCCACCUUUUCCACUCGUAAAUGUUUUUAGUAUUUAUUUUAAUUUUAAAAAGUAUUAAUUUUCAAGGCUAUGCAAGUAUUUUAAUAGAUUUGCGUAAAAUAAAUGCUAUUGUUUUGCUGCUCCUACUUUAAACUUUUUAUAUAUCAACAUUUUAGUAAAUUUAAUUGUUCCUGCCGCCCUUUUUGUAGCAUUUUAUAAUAUUUAAAGACUGACGGUAGCUAAUGAUAAUUUGUUUAUUGAGACAGGUACAUGGUUCAAACAAUAACUGACAAAAUAAAAUAAAGACAUACUUCUGGUGUUAAAAUCUACAAAAGCAGAUUACAGUUUUUUACAUUUUAUCUAAAAAUACAUUAGUAGCUAUAAAAAAGUAGCAAAAAUAUAGUUUCAUUUGUUUGAAAAGAAUAAUAAUAGCUGAUUUGUUUAUAAAUGUUUUGAUGUCAAUCUAUAGUACAUUAACAUUAUACUUCAAGUUACAUAUAAACUUUGUCUUAGUUUCAUAGUUUUAAUGAUAAUAAAACAGCUACUUUGAAUCAGUAUUGUCUCUAGUAUGUUUUCAUAUGUGACUUUUUCUUAUAUUUAGUCAGAAUUUUCCAUUUUUUCCUUUAUAUAUUUUUGUUUGAAUCCUUUUGAUAUGUUAAGAUUUUUUAGGAAGAGUCAGUGAUUAUUUUCUCCACAUUACUUUAUUAAUAGCCAUUGUGACAAUUUGAUUUUUUAAUUCAGCAUUUUAUUAUGAUCUAGAAAACUUUAGUGUCAUAUUUGUUGCAUUCAAAUCUUGUUAUAAGGUCACUUCUAGAAAUUUGUUAGAAAAUUACCAUAAAAAGCAAAAUAACCUACUAAACUGGAAAGAAGUAAAAUAGUGUAAAGUUAUGCAAUAAUAUAAUGCAGAAAAGCAAAUAAUUUUAAAUAUUAGAAAGCUCUACAUCUUGCUCGCUAGCCAUCGCUAACUUGCUCGUUUUGCUAACCUUUAAAAGCAUGCUUCGUGUGGCUUUGGUUGACUUUGAAUAAAAUAAAAAUUUGCUGAGUGGACUUAAAGUCCACUCAGCAAAUUUUAGCUCAGCUCCGGCUGAGCAGACGACAUUUAUAAAAUGCAAAAAAGAAAUAUACAUGUGCAUACAAGGCACUUGAAGAAGAGUCCACUUAGACCAUUGGGCAUUGAAAUUUGUGUAACUUUGUGCAAAAGAUUGUCAAAGUGUUGUAGAAUUAAAUAUUCACAUUAUUUAGCACUUACAAACAAAUGCUAGAUGAUUCAGAGGCUGUGUUAGAUUUUAUUACACUUUUAAAAAAUUUAUCAUGUUAAUCAAAUGUGAUCAAAAGUUAUUCAUAAAGAGCUUAUUUGUGCACACUUAUGGUAAAAAAUAGAAAAUUACAGUAUUUUAUUUCUGUUUAUCUCAUUUGUGUAGCUCUGAAAAAGAUUGUCUUAAAUAAGAUACUGAGUUUUUUUUUUUUUUUUUUUUUUUUUUUUUUUUUUUAAAUUCUACACUGAAACUGAAUUGUCUUUGACUCACUUAGCAUUUAACAGAAAAAAUACCACCAUUAUAUUUUAAUACUUUGUAAAACAAAUCUUCCUAUUUUCAUGUUAUGCCAUGAUAAGUUUUUUAUAAAUAGUUUUAUAUUUACUUAACAAGGUGCUCAAUCGUAAGCUGAAAUUUCUGACGAAAGAAUAUUUUUUUUUUUUAAUGCCAUAAGAAAGCAGUUAAAAAUAAGUGCAGUAUAAUCUGUAAACGGUUUUGCUUGCAGAAAAUAUUAGUUUACUUUUGAGGAAAUAUAAAAGCAUACAAUUUAGCACAGCAGUUUAAAAAUUAUGCAAGAUUGCAAAGCUUAACAUUUUAUAUGCAUUUUAUUACCACACUUAGAGCAUGUGGCAUAUACUUAUGAGACAAUGUUAUAGAGUUAAAUAGUUACAUUCAUUUCAUAAAAUAUAUGAUAUUUCAAAAUAAAAUUUAAUAUAAAAGUCUAAAAGUUAAUAAACAGUGACAUUUCAUUUGAAAAUUACUUUCGCAUUUUUUCUAAUGUGCAGCAUUGCUCAAAAAUCUAAAUUUUAAAACUUAUUCUGAGAAGUCAGUAUUUAAAGUUUCAGUAGCAGUGAAGUUGCUUGGAAAAUACUAAAAUUCCUUAUAAGAAGUGCCCAAAGUUUUGUAAACUGGAGUGACCCUAUAAUAAUACUCAUAUAACAAAUCUAAUAACCAUGAACUUAAAAAAAGAUUCAUAUUAUAUACGGCUGGCUAGGGCUUUGAAAGUAUGACAUUGUAAAUAGCUUGAUAUUGUAGCCGUAUAAUUAAGUUUGACUGUAUAUGCUUUUACUAAAAUUGACUGUAGUCUAGAUAUGCAAACUUGUAUAACUUAAUUUUUUUUGGUUUGUUUUCUCCCUAUCAAGAUCUGUACAUAUUUUUUUAUGUGACCAGGUAAUAUUUAUUCUAGAUGUUAAAAAAGUUUUUAUAAAGA